CUAUAUUUCUCACAGAGCUUUGGUGACCCCAUGCAACUCUCAAACGGCCGGCCAGGAACUGUUGGCUCACUUCCCCCAGUUUCUGCCCCAGAUGAGAUUCCCUUCCUUCUUCCCACGCCUACCUCGGGAACUGCCAGCAGCAUCGAUAUCAUUCCCCCCAGUGAGCACCCACACUCCGGUGCCGACUCUGUUUUUCACUCUGGCUGACCUCGACCUUUGUCUGUACGGCAAUUCUUCUUGGCUGAUUGGUGGAUACUCCGGCGCGAGCAAGACAAGGGCGUAUGCCUUCAGCGGGAUCAGAGUCAGUCAGUACAUGAACGGUAAGCAUUGGGAUGUUGUUU